AUGGCCCAUCCUUUCAAACUGCUUAUCAAAUACUUUGAUAAUAUAUCAGAACAAAUCUCGCACUUAGAGUCUGAAGAUUUGAAGACGAGAAGGGAAACGGACAAUGAGAAUUCGUCCGUAUCCAGUCAUUCGGACAGGACGGAAGACAAAAGUUCGGAGAGCAUUGAGAAGAUGACCAUUAAGGAACCUUUGCCAACCGAAACUGGGGCUAGGCUUCCACCAUCCAAGCCAGAAGAUCAGGACACCAGGACAGAUGAUCGAAGCAAAAGGUCAGAAAGGCUGCUUGUCCGUAUCCAGCACUUGCGGCUCCUCAAGAACUUCAUUCAAAAUGACCUCGGAACACUCCUCGAUCUAAACGCUAAAGCCGCAAACGGAACGCUUGAGAAGAUUGCAUUCGAGAAUUUGUGGUACUUGUUCAGCCCGGGCGAUAUAUUGUAUUCCAAUGACAGAGGGCACGAUCAAUUGUCUCGGGCUUAUUCGGUAACAGGUGGCCAAAAGAGAAAACGCGGACGGAGAAAACCAAACGACACAAAGUACUUGUAUCUAAGUGAUGACGAAGGUGAGGAGUUUAUGGGUAACACAGCGUCUGGCACUUGGAGUGCCCUGGUCGUCGACUCUUACACCAUGGCGUUUGACGGAAAUCAAAUCGGGCCCAUUCAUGGUCAUCUGAAAAUCAAGAAUUUUGCAGGAAAGAGGAAAAUCACCGAACUUAGUGUUUAUCCUCUAAGGUUUCACAAGCAAAGAGAGAACCUAGUCAGACAACUGGUGGAACGUGGCCGGAAAUACUGCUUUUCCUAUGGCCACAAAAGCUACACUGGAUUGACGUGCCCCCCUGGUGAUGAUAAACUGUUGGAAGAAGUCGACGGUGACGUCUUCGUUGACUUCAAGGACUACUACCGCACAAUAUCGAAACCGUCUUUUGAGAACAGAUGGAAACCGCCUCGGCCACCACAGCUAGGCCUACUAGAAUCAACCCGGGUCGACAUGACUGAGACCGAAGAGAGAAUCCUGGGCGCUACAUGGUAUCACACUGAUGGUGAAGUGGACUACAAAGCCACUGAUGAAUUUCUGGCACUCCAUCAAAACAUCCUUGAGCCGAACGAACUCGGUGAAAAUGAACUAUCUGACGAACAACUCCAGCUGUUUACGCAUCUAGUCCCGGCUUACAUCUUCCGUACCCGUCGUUAUGUCCAACUCAAUGUCAACUUCUUGUCCGAGAUUGACAAGAGUGACAAGGCUAGAGAUGACAGUUUUGAAGACCUGAUAAUACCAGAGAGCCAUCGUAGUUUGCUAACAGGACUUGUCAAAAGUUUAGUAGUGGAGCCAAAAGUCCAAUCUAAGACUCAGAGCUUAGACAAGGGGCUUACGCAAAUAGAUCUUGUCCGGGGAAAGGGGAGAGGCUUGAUCAUUCUUUUACAUGGACCCCCUGGUUCUGGAAAGACCAGCACGGUCGAGACUCUUGCAGCGUACACAAGACGACCGUUUUACCCAAUUACAUGCGGAGAUUUGGGAACGUCCCCGGAAAAGGUUGAGGCGGCUUUAGUAGAACACACAGAGAGAGCUCAAAGGUGGGGUUACAUUCUGUUACUCGACGAAGCGGACGUGUUCUUGAGUCGCAGAGAUUGGAGGAACACAGAGCACAAUGCUCUUGUAUCUGUCUUCCUUCGUCAGCUCGAAUACUACUCUGGUAUUCUGUUUCUGACCACCAAUCGAGUGGGUGUUAUAGAUGCGGCUUUCAAGUCACGAGUACAUGUACCCUUGGCCUAUCCCACUAUCAAGGCAAAGGAAACCAAGGAGAUAUGGGAAGGGAUCCUGAACCGUAUCGAAAAAGAGAAUGAGACUGCAGCUAUCAAGAUCAAAUUCGAUAGAAAUGCUCUUCUCAAGUUCGCUAGCCAGCACUACGAAACACAUAAGAAAACGGACACGUCCUGGAACGGACGUCAGAUCCGCAACGCCUUCCAGCUAGCCAUAGCCCUUGGUCACCACGACCGGGAAAGAAGUAUGGCUCAGGCUCAGGGAACGAAAGAAGAGGACAUUACGGCAAGAGACUUUGAGGAUUACCUGAGCGCUACCAGAGGGAACGACAGCCACCUCGCCAAACAGUGGUCACUUCGAUACGAUGACCAAACGGAGGACCUGGCGGUGACACAAGUGAUAGGCGUGAGGAAGGAUUAUGGAGCACAGAGAAAGGUCAAGAAGAUGUCACAGUCCGACCAGCGAUCUCAGCGUUCUCUUUCCCGUAACGACGAGAGAGGUUCUUCACGAUCACAGAGGUACGGGAAGGGCUCAAAGCAGCAGGAUGAGGAAGAGAAUGUGAAUGUGAAUGAUGAGGGAGAAGAGGUUGAAUAUUUUGAGGAGUUUUCGUCUGAUGACGACUAG